AAGUACUUUAACCCAACUCCUCUUGGUCUCACACUGACACUCUAACAGGUUCGAGGGAGAGGAGCAAGCAAAGGGUGGGGUGCAGGUCUUCCUCUUUAGCGGAGCCAUGGAAAGCGAUGACGACGUUGACAUGCACGCAGCCGACGCCAACGAAGAAUUGGAUGACAUGAAGAAGCGCUUGAAAGAGAUGGAGGAUGAAGCUGCUGCUUUGCGAGAGAUGCAGGCCAAGGUCGAGAAGGAAAUGGGAUCUGUUCAAGAUCCUGCAACUGCUUCUGCGAGUCAGGCCAAUAGAGAGGAAAUAGAUUCUCGAUCAGUCUUUGUAGGCAAUGUGGACUAUUCAUGCACUCCUGAAGAAGUGCAACAGCAUUUUCAGUCUUGUGGAACAGUAAACAGAGUCACCAUUCGAACUGAUAAGUUUGGCCAACCCAAGGGUUAUGCUUAUGUUGAGUUCCUUGAGGUGGAAGCUGUUCAGGAGGCCCUUUCGUUGAAUGAAUCUGAACUUCAUGGGCGCCAAUUAAAGGUGACAGUUAAAAGGACCAAUAUACCAGGGAUGAAACAGUAUCGUUCCCGCCAGGCGAAUCCUUACGCUGGGGGCUUUCGAGGCAGAACCCCAUAUGCACCUCCCUUUAUCUAUUCUCCAUAUGGAUAUGGAAAGGUCCCAAGGUUCAGAAUGGCAAUGCGCUACAGCCCCUACUAUUAACUGUCCAAUUCGGGUAGGAUGGACUAAACUAAAUGACUCCCUUCUACUCCUACGUAGUGUCAUGGUCAGAGUUUUGGCCAUUGAACAUGGGGGAGGGAAAAUCCAACCAGUUCUGUGAGGAUUAAGCGUUUAUUUAUCAGCCAACCUUGUAAAAUUGUGGUGUUUGCAAUUGCUUUGCUUUAGUAUUGUUAUAUUAUAUUGGAUUAAGUUCGUGUAAAAGUUUCCUUCGCAAGUGUGAUUAAUACAUGGGUUUUGGGUUUUA